AUGUCUGAAGUAACACUUACAAGAAGAGAACAACAAGCUUUGAGAAAGGCAGCACUUGAAGCAGUACCUGUCAGAACCCUGAGAGAUAUUGGAUCUGCAUUGGAACCUUUGACAAUUCCUAAUGUUAUGAAGUUGAAGUCUAACAUUGUUCGUGUUUUUGCUUCUGAAUGGGAACUUUGCAAACAAGAAAUUGAAGAACAAUACUGCGUCAAGUGGAUUAUCAGUCGUCCUAAUAGACAUAGUUCCACUGUUGAUAUCACCAAGAAGAAGCGUGUGCUCUUCUCCCAGGUAUACUCCUGUCAUAGAGGUGGAAGCUAUGAAUCUGAAAGCAGAGAAAAGCAUCCAAUACAACAUAAAUCGAAGAAAGUUGGCUGUUGUGUUGAUGAUAUUGUUGCCCAUUUGACAGCCAGUCCAGACUCAUCAGCUAGAAAAAUCAGACUUGAGAUUCUUUGUGACAUCGACCAGCAAGAGUAUUCUCUCAAUGUACAUAAAAUCAACUACUUUGAUAUUUACAACAAAAUACUUGCAGACGACUUUAAGUCUAUGAAGAUGUGGUUUACCAAAAAACUUUCUCCCAAAGGUUUUAUUAUCUUUGAAGGUAACCUGCAGACAUAUUUGAACGACAAGAGUCUGUAUGCAUGUGGAUUUACCUCGCCUUUCCAGCAAAGCAAGAUAAAAGCUGCAGCAACAUUCUGUAUGGAUGCCACCUACAGUAUCACUCAAAGAUUGGAUGACAUUCUUUAUACUAUUGUCAUUCGUGAUCAAGAACUUGAUCGUGGUUUCCCCUGUGCAUACAUGCUGACCAAUGACCAUUCCUUGGGUCCAAUUGUCCAAUGGUUAAAGCACUUGAAAGACAAUCAGUUAGUUGUAAACCCCCGGCAGUUUACUAUUAACUGUAGUGAUACUGAGACAAAUGCACUCAUGACAAUCUUCCCUGGAUGCCAGAUCCAAUACUGUCUUUUUCACGUCAGUCAAACAUGGUACAGACAACUAAACCUGAAAGUCAAGACAGGAAAUACUGCUGCCCAAAACCAUUUGAUUCGAAGAGAAAUGAUGGCUUUUCUUAAGCAUAACAUGUAUGAAGAGCAUAUAGUUGUAAUUCUUGACAAGAUUGCUGACUUCAUUGGAAGAUAUUAG